AUGCCCCCAUCCGCAGACCUAGCAACCCAACCCCCGGCCGAGGCACCGCCUAAAACCGCCCCGAAGCAAGCGCCGCACGCUCAGGGCUCCGAAGAGAAGACCCCCUUACAAGCCAUAAGCCAUGGCAUUUUGAUGGACGGCAUCCCAACCUUCUCCUCCCUUGCCGAGCACCGCAAACACAUCCUCAUCCACACUGCCGCCACCUUCCGCGACUUCGCGCGCAAAGGCUUCACCGAAGGCCAAGCGGGCCACAUCAGCGUCCGUGACCCGGAGUUCGAGGAUUACAUCUGGAUGAACCCUCUCGGGCGGCACUUCGGUCUCAUGACAGCCGGCGACAUGAUCUGUUUAGAUAUGCACACCGGUGCGGUCGUAGGUGGUAACAAUACCCGCCCCGCCAACGCCGUAGGCUUCCAAAUCCAUUCCGCGAUCCACAAGGCGCGGCCGGAUGUCGCGGCCAUCUGCCACGCGCACACGAAUGCGGGCCGCGCGUGGAGCGUGUUUGCACGGCCGUUGGAGAUGCUGAAUCAGGAUGUUUGUAAUUUCUAUCAGGCGCAUGCGGUGUAUGCGGAGUAUGGGGGAAUUGUGUUUGCGGAGGAGGGGGGGAGGAAUAUUGCGAGGGCUUUGGGGGAGGGGAAUAAGGGAGUUAUCCUGAUGAACCACGGGUUACUCACCGUCGGCCACACAGUCGAUGAAGCGGGCUACAUGUUCGGCCUCCUCGACCGCGGCUGCCGUAUCCAGCUCGACGUCGAGGCAGCGUGUGCGGGUAAUCCGGGGCUGAAGCGGAAUAUCAUUUCUGACGAGGAGGCGUCGUAUAACAUGAAGAUGGCGAGUGAGAAGCAUGUUUUGUAUCGGGAGGCGCAGCCGGAUCUGGAUUAUAUCUUUGAGACGCAGGGGAUGGAGGUCGUGGCGAGGGGGGUGGAUAAUAUGGUUAUUGAUGGGCCGGGUGGGGAUUAA